CGCUGUGCCGCAAGAGGGCGCCCUUGUUGUAGAGCGCGAUGCCUUGCAGCACAUGUCAGCAGCGUCUCUUGACACGCGCGCGCAAGGCGGGCCUACCGGCAGCGUCGAGGCGUCCUGCCAGCUCGUCAUCGAGCACGGUCGGACCGCUCUGCUCGAGCACCGCGAGGCUGCGGGUGCGCAGAACAAGCAGGUCGUUGCGCAGCGCAGCGUCGGGCGAUGCGGCGGCGUCGAGACGCGGCAGCAGGCGCUCGGCGAAUACUGCGGCGAGGGAUGAGCCUCGGCGUCGGCACAGCCUGCAAGUGCGGCA